AUGGCUAAUAACAUUUUCCCAAAUGGUGCAAACCCUCCACUUUGCACCCUUUGUUUAGAGACUGUUGUAGAUGAUUCUACAAGGGCAAUUACUAAGCUUGUGUGUCAACAUUUCUUCCACUCAGAUUGUAUUGGAAGUGAGUUCAAUCUUAGGGGGGAAAUGAAAUGCCCUAACUGUCGAGUUGUCGAAGAAGAUGGAAUCUGGAUGAGAUUUACAAACUCUGACUCUGACUUUGACGCUGAAGACGGAAAUGAAGAAAACGUCGUUGAGGACGAACAUAAUGAAGAACAACCUGAAGAUGAAAAUAGGCAGCUUUUUCGUGCAAUUGUUAAUGCAUAUACUGGAAGUACUAGCCAUAUGAGGGAUGAGAUGAACAAUGAUGUUUCACGGAAUGGUGCACCUCCAAACUUUCGUCAUACUACUUUCCAAACCAACAAUGGACUAAACAUUUUCUCUCGUACUUUUGUGGUUUAUCAAAGCCCUAUCCUCCAACAAAAUGAGCUCCCUCCUCCUCCAAUUGAUGUUGAGAUGGUUGAUCAGGGACAGAUCUCUUCUUCAGAUGCAAACGUUGGUUCGAAUUCAGUAACACAUGAAACAUCCACUUUGUACGAGCAGGCUCGUAACAAUCUGUUACCAUGUUUGGAGCUCACCUUAGCCACCGGUGGUACUUCACUUGGUGAUGGGCGUCCGCUGCCACCUUGUCAAUGUAUCUGUUGUCGUGCAUCUUAA